AUGAGCGAAAAGCGGACCUUCUCGUCCUCCAUGGCCACUCCAAUGUCUACUGGCUUAAGUCCGUUGUCUGGGAGUGGUGUGCAUCCCGGUCGGCGUGCCUCCCUCUCUUCACAGUCCUCGGUCUCACAUUCUACAAUGUCCUAUCUUCCAGAAGAGAGCUAUCGACACAUGUCACACAGUCUAACUCCUGCGACUGAAGUGGAAUAUUAUCCAGAAACGGGCUCUGGUUGGAGCUUUCUUCGAUCUCCAAACGUCUGGUAUCCUUCGGGGGAUCCUUGGACAGCUAUCGAUGCUAAGAAGGAGCAACAGAGGCUAGGAAUACUAUUCCCUUCUCCUGAGUCUCCUAUGCCUGAAGAUAUUGACCCUCCAACUUCUGAGUUACAACAUCAGACCUACCCCGCCCCUGUUCUCCCAAGCUACUCAACAGAGAACAUGCAACUAGCUCCAGGCUUCCCAGUCUCGAACAUAAUCCAACAAGUAUCAGCCCAAGCUAUCGUCGGUGGUAUCCCAUCCCCCAAACUCGACGCCGAAGAUGGAACUUCUUCCAUCCGCUCUCAAUCCCCACUCGACGCUCAAUGGGAUCGCAUCGACACUCCACAGUCAAGCAGUGUCCUCUUAUGUCCUCACAUCACCUUCCAUUGCGUGAAGCCUAUAGACUUAAAGAUCCGUCUGACACCAACUGUGACCGUCAUCCCUCCGACCGAUCCUCUUGAACACGAUCGCAUGUUUGCCACUGCUAUCGGUGACCAUGUCAACCUUACCAUGUCGAUUGAAGGGAACGGAAAGAUUACAAGAGUGAUCAGUGAGCCCGAGAACACGAAAACCCCGGAAAAGAUCACGCUUCUAAAGAAGAGUCAAGCUAAAGGUGCGGGUGGGAAAUGGUACAUCAGCAGAAUGGAAACACAACUUGAAGGUGGUUGGGGAAGUGCUGAGGUUGGAGAACUUGGUGGACAUGGUGAAGACGGGAAGAGGAGAAACCCAGGUAUCAUGCUGGACUGGAGCUUUAAGGGUGAACAAAACGAGAAGAGGUCCUUUGCAGUAGCUUAUGAGAAGCUUUCGGCAUUCCUUGACCUCUUCAUGGACACCUGUGGCUUUCCAAAGAGAGAACGACAGACCAUGAUCAACUUCUGGGCAAGAAGAUUACCUCAAGAACCUUCAAAGAACGAAUUCCUCCUCAUCAAACUCCUUCCAGUCAAGGAUCUUAUUACAUUACUGCCAAUCCAAACCGACCCACCACCAGACAGAACCGUCAGAUUUUUCAUCAUAAUCCGCAGGGCCACCCGCGAAAUCGUUCGAAAGGAAGGCCUACAAGUCCGUGGAGAAAUGGCAAGAGUUGUCUACGAGGUUCUAGGUAGCAAGCCACCACCAAUUGUACCCGCCACAAAGAAGCGUAGGGGUAGAGGCAAAGCCAAAGGCAAGGGGCCGCACGGCGAUUCUAACGCCGCGAUGAGAGAGGCCGAGCGCCCUGCAGGGCCAGAUCCAAACCCACGGGUUCCGAUCGAAGGAGGCACUGGUCUAACGAUCUUUGAGUAUGGUGGUGUACUCAUGGCAAGCCAGGAGGCGGACGAACAAAUGGCCGAAGAGGCCCUUGCUUUAUCGACUGCAGAAGCCGCAGCGGCCGAAGAAGAAAAGGAGAUUAAGACAAGGUCUAGCCCUUCCUCGCCGCCCCGCAAGAAGCUCUCCCACCAACCAACAGUGGAAGAAUAUGCCGAGCCAACGCCGCCCACAGCAAACAUGGACGUUGACCAACCCGUCCUUACUGAAGCCACACCCGCAGCUAUGGUAUCCCCACAAGACCAUUAUGCUAUCUUACCAGAUACCCAGCCAUCAGGCAUUCAGAUGUCCGAUUUUGCAUCCCAAGCGCCCGAAGAAGUUAUCUCUUCGAUAUACUACAAUCCCGAUCAACCGUUCUAUGACCCAUUCAUGUACUCACAUCAAGAUAUGGAGCUACAUGAUCCAAACCAGCCGGUCUUUACCGUCGUAGGCACGAACGCCAGGUAUGGUGGUGGGUUUUUCCAAACAGCGCACCCACACCCGCAGGGGCAGGUUGUUGGGAAUCCCAUGCAGGCGCAGGCAUGGGGUUGGCAUAGCCAGUACGAAUAA